UGUGCGCCACAGUGGGAGAGGAUGUAGGCCCCAGUCAGACACACUCUACAAACAUGUACCGCAUCCCCGUGCUCCUUUUGUGUCUCCUCAGUGUGACCGCGUCUGCAGGCGACGCUGGUACUCUCACCGGUGCCGACUCCACUCCAGACUCCAGUAAUACGACCCAUUCUUCCUCCGACGAUUUGAUACCGUGCGAGAAGAAUGCAAACUGCGAGGAACUUCCGGACCCGCACAUCUGCUUUAAUGGCACGUGCUACAACUGUUACGACUGCUGCGCCCUGAAGAAAGCGCACUGUCCCAGGAGGCGGUGCUACUGUACCUGGUUUUUAACAGACGAGGAGCUGAAGAUCGUAGCCCAAGCAGUUUUAGGAGUUGCCGUCUUUGUCACUUGUGUAGCUCUGCUGAGCUUGCUGUGGAAAAUAUGUGCAAGACGCCUGCGGCGGCGGCGCGUGGCGGCGGCGGGGGCGGGGGCGGAGCUGCUGGACGACGCGGCCAGCCUCAGCUCGCAGCAGGUGUUCGUGGUGGAGCGGCUGCGCGACAGACCGCCGCGCUACGAAGAGGCCGCCCGGGACUUCGCCGUCGAGAAGCCGCCCCCGUACUCCGAGGCCGUGGUGGAGGAAGUGCAGUGGGCGCCACAGACGGCGCGGCUCGGGGGCGUGCCCGGGGGCCUCACGGCGCGCGACUUCGCGGCCCCGCCCCCCUACAGCCCGCCUCCGCAGAGGGCCGACGCCGUGCUCACUGCAAAUGUAGCUGCUGUACUGAUGUGCAUUCCGGGGCUUAAUUGUUUAGUGAAUACAGAACAUGUUUUCCAUGUGUCUGCCAUUCGUGUCACGAGCGAUUUUGUACCAAUCUACACACUGGGACACCCAGAUCCAGAUAUCUUGACAAUGACAUCACUUUAUAAAGUCUAA